CUGGAAAUGCGUCCGGCGUCCGGCUGGCUGCAAGUGUAGCGGGUGGAUGCGUCCGGGGAAACCAGAUCCGAGCGGCCGGCGGGCGGGUGAAUUAUUUGAAGACAUCUUGAAAACCUACUGUUAAAACUUGAUGAUAUUGGUACUAUUCUAAACGAAGAUCAAGAACGAUGCCAUUAAUUUAUCAAAACUCUUCCAGUACCAGAGUUAUACAACAACCAUAAAGUGAACUGGAACCUUAUUCUUCAAAAUGGAUCGUUUUAAUCUCAUAUUUCAUGAUUCAAAGAGCUGUAAACAAUCUUCAAACAAAGUAGUUCUGGUUCUCGUAAUUAUAACAGCAUUAGCAGUUCUGGUGUGCACUGAUGGAGACUACUAUAAAUUGCUUGGACUAUCUAAAAGUGCAACAAAUCGACAGAUAAGGCAAGCAUUUAAGAAGCUUGCACUCACAAUGCAUCCUGAUAAAAAUCCAAAUAAUCCAGAUGCACAUGACAACUUUUUGAAAAUAAAUAGAGCAUAUGAAGUUUUAAAAGAUGAGGAUCUUCGAAAAAAGUAUGACAAAUAUGGUGAGAAAGGCCUGCAAGAUCACCAGGGUGGCCAGUACGAAAGCUGGAACUUCUAUCGUUAUGAUUUUGGUAUCUAUGAUGACGAUGUUGAAAUUAUAACAUUGGAUAAAGAGGACUUUGAUGCUGCAGUUGCCUCUGGGGAGUUAUGGUUUAUAAACUUCUAUUUCCCUCGGUGCUCGCACUGCCAUGAUCUGGCACCUACGUGGAGAGAAUUUGCCAAAGAGAUGGAUGGGGUAAUCCACAUCGGAGCAGUGAACUGUGGGGAUAACAGGAUGUUGUGUCGUUCCAAAGGAAUCACCAGUUACCCAAGUUUAUACAUCUUUAAAGGAGAAGAGAGUCCAGUGAAAUAUUUUGGAGAGCGCUCCAAGGAGGAACUUAUUAAAUUUGCUAUGAAGUAUGUCACGAGCCAGGUGACAGAAUUAUGGACAGGAAAUUUUGUAAGUGCUUUCAAUUCAGCCUACUCUUCAGGGAUCGGAUGGCUGGUCACUUUCUGUGAAGAGAUAGGAGAUUGCUUGUCUUCACAGACACAACUUAAGUUAGCUGGAAUGCUGGAAGGCCUUGUUAAAGUAGGCUGGAUGGAUUGUAAAACUCAGGCUCAGCUUUGCAAAGACUUGGAGAUAACCACCAGUACAACACUUUAUUUUCCACCUGGUUGUACUAUUGACCAGAAAGACAAAAUCUUGUCUGUCCAUAGCCUGGAUGCCAGAGAAAUUUACAUUGAGGUAAUGCAGCAUUUGCCUGAUCUGGAGAAGCUUACGGAACAUUCUAUCCAGAGCAAGUUAGCCCAUCAUCGGUGGCUGGUUUUCUUUAAAUUUGGAGACACAACAGAGACUGGUGAAUAUGAGUUUAAAAAGUGUAAGACUCUUCUGCAAAGUGACAACAUCCAGGUUGGAACUUUUGACUGCCACGCAGGACCACGUAUUUGUAAGAACCUCUAUAUACACCAGCCUUGUGUCGUAAUAUUCAAAGGCAGUGGAACACAUUCCUUUGAAAUUCAUCAUGGCAAAAAGGUUCUAUAUGACAUCGUGUCCUUUGCUAGAGUGAGCAUCAAUGCACCUGUUAUCACAUUAAAUCCAAAGAAUUUUCCGAAGAACCAGAGAGAGCCUUGGCUUGUCGACUUCUUUGCACCAUGGUGUCCUCCUUGUCGAGCCCUUUUGCCAGAAUUACGUAAAGCUUCCAAACAGUUGGUUGGGCAACUUAAGUUUGGAACAUUGGAUUGCACAGUUCAUGAAGAGUUGUGUAACAACCAUGGUAUCCAAGCUUAUCCAACAACUUUAAUAUUCAACCAGUCCAAUGUUCAUGAGUAUGAGGGCCAUCACACAGCCAGUGAACUUUUGGAAUUUAUUCAGGAUCUCAUAAAUCCUUCAGUUGUUAUACUGACACCAGAAAACUUUGAAGGAUUGGUUAUAAGGAGGUCACAAGAUGAAGUAUGGAUGGUGGAUUUCUAUGCUCCAUGGUGUGGUCCUUGCCAAGCACUGAUGCCAGAAUGGAAGAGGAUGGCCAGGAUGCUAAAUGGAACGGUCAAAGUAGGCAGCAUGGACUGUCAGAAGUACUAUUCCCUGUGUCAGAAAGAAAAUGUGCAGUCCUACCCAGAGAUACGACUCUUCCCACUGAACACUAAUAAUGCUUAUAAGUACCAUAGCUAUAAUGGUUGGUCCAGAAAUGCGCAAUCUCUUGGGUCUUGGGCACUCAGAUUUCUUCCUCAAACCGCCAUAGACUUAACACCAGAAGACUUUAAAAACAAAGUAUUAAAAGGAAAGGAUCACUGGGUGAUUGACUUCUAUGCACCCUGGUGUGGCCCUUGUCAGAACUUUGCUCCAGAGUUUGAACUUCUUGCUCGGGCAUUCAAAGGCAAAAUAAAAGCAGGAAAGUUGGACUGUCAGAAUAACCCACAUACUUGUCAAACUGCUGGUAUCAGAGCAUACCCUACAGUUAAAUUCUAUCCUUUUGAAGGAGAAAAGAAGAAAAGUGCUACAGGUGAAUAUAUAAACAGCAGAGAUACUAAAGUUAUAUCGGAGCUACUGAGAAAAAGGUUGGAGGAACUGCAGCCAAAGAUAAGCACGUUUUCAACUGAAAAGGAUGAACUAUAACAUUGAUGCACAUUUCUCUAUAGAAGUGGUAAUGUUAACAGAAACUCUGCAAUAACGUCAACAAAUAAUGAAAUUGUAUUCUGUUCUGGUCAAGGAAUACUAGAUGAAACUUACUGCAAACUAGGUUAUUGACCCUAAGUGACUCCAGCAGAAUGAUGUGCAUUAAAAGCAAUUCUCUUUGGCAACUUUCUGAAGGAUGCAUUGAUACCUCAUUAUUUUGGCACCUAUGUCAGUAACAGUUUUGUGUAUGAUAGUAUUUUAUAACUUAAAGGCCUACUAUAUUGAAAUAUUUCUGAACUGUUUUUAAUAGUUUAUUAAGAAUAUCACUCCAUUCGGUUAAGGUGAUAAGCGAAUUGGGAAAUUGGAAUAUCAUUUUACCAACUGUGUCUGCUGUAUUUUGGUUUGUUCGUGCAAGAAGUUAAAGGAAUCACUGACUGUAUUAUGCACUGAUGUCGAUGCAAGGACUGCUUUGUUUGUAAAGGAAAAUGAUUUAUGCAUGAAUUCUAAAACAAUAAUCACUUGAGUUCUGGCUUAAAAAAAAUAGGUGACCUAUGUGUAACUUAAUUUGGAGAAUACCUAAUUUUUCAAUUCUUAGUGUACUGUUUCAGAGAAUAGUAUGUUUGAACAUUGCAAGUUAGUGUAUAAUUAUGCUGGUUUUGCUGAAAGCCAUUUAAAUGUGUACACAUUCAAUCUGUACCUUGUAGGUUUUGUGGAAUUGGGUUUACCUAUGUAAUAUUGGUGAAAGAAUUUUACUUAGAAGCUAGAGUAAAACAACCUUAUAAAUUGAAUAAGAAAUACAUUAGUCACUGAUCAAUUCCAAAUGUUUCUCAGUGGUAAUGCAUUAUCUGUGCUUCAUUCUAUUUAAUCUUGUCUAUUUCGAUAACUGACAAGCUGCUAAUGCAUAAUACUGUAAAAUUAUGAAUUGUCAGAUUGUGUUUUGACUACAGUAUUGGAUCAUGUGAGAUGGUUUUCAGUUGUUUAAUUGAAGAGUUGAACCUUUAUUUCUUGCGGCGCAGGGGAAUCUCCUAACUGUGCUUUUUGUGUGAUAGCUUGAAUUAUGGCUUUCCAUAGCGUAAUUGUAGAUUUAAGAUUGCUUUGGGAGGAAGUGAUCAGAGCAAAUUUGUUACGUUUUAUGCGAACUCUGCAAAUGUAAUUUUCAAAAUGAAUUCUGGCUGUUUAUUUUGACAUAAUGCAGCCGCACAUCUUAAAUAAGUUCCAUUUUGUAUUGGACAAACACUAAGAAAUGAAUUUUUAGCUAUUUUGUGAAUUGUAUUUUUACAUUUUCGAAAUAUUUUUUCAUACUUCCUGGGUCUUCUUUAGUUGAAUGUUUGACACAUGCCUUAACUCAUUUAUGGUGUAGGGUUAGUUACGUCAAACCAGCAAAUUCAUCACAGAAAUUUUUCAAAUAUGAGUUGUUUGGUUGGUUGAUAAGUAGAUUUGAGAAAUUCUGUGUUAAAGUGGUAUUAAAAGAUUUUUUUUAAAA